UCUUCUCCGGUUACCAACGGUUACGCGCGGGGAUAAUAAACUAGAGUUUCCAAAGUCGGCCUACAAGCCGCAAAAUAAUACGGCUUUUGAGCUCAUUUUGAUUACUUUACUUACCUUGGCUUUAUUAAAAUGGAUUCUAGGAUGAGUAAUAAGGAAGCGAGCGAUGUUGGACGGCUGGAGCUUGAAUCCGUUAUUGGAUUUGCAGGAGCUGUCCCAAAUGGUUUGCUGGUUCACCCAGAUCGAGAUCACUUGAUCUACCCACUUGGCAACACAGUUGUCAUUGAACAAAUCAAAACUGGCAAGCAAAGCUGUCUCAGUGGUCACACGGAUAAUGUCACAUGUGUGGCAGUGUCGAAAAGCGGCCGAUACUUGGCGUCAGGUCAGCAGGCUCACAUGGGUUUUAAAGCAAGUGUGAUUGUGUGGGAUUAUGCUGAGAAAAAGCUCAAGUAUCAGUUGACGCUUCAUAAAGUUAAGGUUGAAGCCUUGGCAUUCUCUCCCAAUGAUGAGUAUCUGGUCUCUCUUGGAGGACAGGAUGACGGAAGUGUUGUUGUAUGGGACCUUCAAGCUGGUGAGGCUGUGUGUGGCAGCCCUGCUGCUGUCCCAAGUGCUGGUACGACUAAUGCUGUGGCCUUCGCUAAUCACAACGACAAUCUCUUCAUCACAGGAGGAAACAAAACUCUCCGUGUGUGGGAGCUUGACAGGCCAAACCGUAAGAUACGUCCCACAGAAUGCAACAUGGGUCAACUCAAGCGCAUUGUCAACUGUAUAAAGGUGACAGAAGAUGAUACUCAUUUUUUCUGUGGAACAACAAGUGGGGAUAUCCUGAUGAUAAAUAUUCAGAACCGUCUGUUCCGCCAUUAUGGGCCAGCCAAGGAGAAGUUUAGUCAGGGUGUUACUGCCAUGGAGCUUAUCAAGGGUGGCCAGGAAUUACUGGUUGGGGCAGGUGAUGGUACUGUGGCCGUGGUGGACUGUAAAAACUUCAAAGUCAGCAAAGCUAACAGCAAGCUUUGCAAAGUAGAAGGUGAUAUCACAUCCAUUGCUCUGAGAGGGCAGGGCCAUCAAUUCUUUGUUGGCACGAAGUUAUCUCAGAUGUACCGGUUCAACUUUCCUGAGUUUACUUAUGAGCGAAUCAACACCUGCCAUUAUGACAAAGUCAAUGAUGUGGUCUUUCCUUUUGGGUUCUCAGACAUCUUUGCCACAUGCUCAAAGAAUGAGAUCAGAGUUUGGAACACUAACACGAGUAAGGAGCUGCUACGCAUUGUUGUGCCAAAUGUAACAUGUAACACUGUGGACAUCCAAAAGGACGGCAAGGCUUUUGUUAGCGGUUGGGAUGAUGGCAAAAUCCGUGUGUUCAGACCAGAGUCAGGACAGCUCUUUUACGAAAUCAGUGAUGCCCACAGCAAGGGUGUAACGGCCGUCAUCGUCAAUUCCACCUGCAGCAAGAUUGUCAGCGGGGGAGGGGAGGGACAGGUCCGUGUCUGGGAAGGAAAGAAGCUGCUGGGGAUGAUGAAAGAGCAUAAGGGUUCAGUUACUUGCAUCAAACUCAAACGAGAUGACACAGAGUGUGUGUCUGCAAGCACAGAUGGUACCUGCAUCAUAUGGAAUCUAGAAUCAUUUGUACGUAGCCAGAUCGUGUUCGCCAAUACCAUGUUUGAGGCGGUGUGCUACCACCCUAGUGACUGUCAGAUCAUUACGGCUGGUACUGAUCGAAAGAUCGCAUAUUGGGAGACGUUUGAUGGCGCCCUCAUCCGGGACCUUGAGGGUUCAAGUGCUGGUUCGAUCCAGGGUAUGGACAUUGCCUUGGACGACUCAGUCACGCAUUUCGUCACGGGAGGCGCUGAUAAACUCCUCAAGGUGUGGGACUACGAUGCCGGUCAAGUGACCCAUCUGGGCGGUGGACAUAGCGGGGACAUCACACGGGUCAAGAUUUGCCCCAACUCGCGAUGGAUCGUUAGUGUUAGCGCGGACGGAGCGAUCCUGAGAUGGCGUUACCCCUACUCGUCACACAACACCAUGCAACAAAUGACCGACCGUUAAACACCACGCCCAACUAACUUUAGUCGGAUUUAUAUACUUAUUGAUGGGGGCAGGCAAUCCCCAGUAAUUUUUCCAUGCAUUAAAAAGCAAGGAAGGGGAAGAUUCAUCAGUGAUCUUAUAUAGAUGAUACUCUUGCGAAUUUUAUAUGUAUUGUAUAAAUUUAUGUUAGGAUUCGGGAACGGUUAAUGUAUUUAGUUCACCAGAGCUUGUAAUUGGCUUACUGUAAUACUGUAAUAUAUACGUAGUGUAAUCGAAACCAAAGCGUUAAAUAAAUAACAUCUUUCUUAGAA